AUGUCAGGGAAAAACUCUUUACAAUAUAAUGCCGAAAAGCAGGCUUUAAUGGAAGUGGAGAUUUUAGCAGCUCAGGAAUCUAAAAGACUAACUGAGGAGAUGUCAAUAAGGUUCACAUCAGAUAAUACUGAAUUAAGUAGUAAUUUAGAGAAAAGAAUUGAAGGAGAAGAUGCUUCAUUAGCCUCUGUUGAAUCUUUUUCGAAAGAAAUAAUUGAAAAAAAUAUGAAUGAAGAUAGUAACAGAAUAAAGGGAGAAGAAGUUGAAUCUAAUAUACCAAGGACUGAACAUGGUAUGGAAGAAAAUCAAGGUGAGAAUUAUAUAGGGGUUGAAUCCAAGAAUAAAAUUCAAGAAAAUAAAGAUUUUACAAGAGAAGAAGAUUCUAUAAAGAAUUUAGAAUCUGAAACUGAAGUUCAGAAAGAAGUACAUCCUAACAAUGAGAUUGAAGAAAAUCCAAAUGUAAUAAAUUCUUGGGAUGAGGAAUUAAAAUUUAAACAAGUCGAGAGUAGAGAAUUUAGUCAUGCAAAUACAAAUGUGGAAUCCAUAUUUAAGAUUCCUACAAAAGUUAUUUUGGAUGAUAUUGGUGAAGAAGAAAACUUAAAUAUGAAUGAAUAUCACCAAUCAUCUAUACCAUUUAAGCAUGAGGAGGAUGAAGUAGCCACUGCAAAUAUCGUAAUUGAAAAGAAAAAUUCUGAAAUUCAAAUUGAAGAAGAGUUAUAUCACUCUUCUUGUCAAGAUAAUUUAUAUGAAUUUACUAAAAGUUUUAGAGAAAAUUUUAACCAAAUGUUGUUACAUCAAAAGGAGACUAUUGAUGAAUACAAAACAUAUUGUGUUACAUAUAAUGAAAAUAUAACAAAAGCAGUUACAAAAUAUGCAGAUAAAUUACACGAAAAAUUAAUGAAUAUUACGGGUUUUCAUGAUCCUGAUGAAUGUCAAAUUUGCAAGGAAUUCCAACAUCAAGACGUACCCUUAUUGAAUUAG